AUGGGUCGGACUAUAACUCUUUUUGGGCCGAACCAACAUCCAUCUUUGACGAUUCGAGUUGAAGCCCCCUCAUCAUUUGAGCCAAGGGAAGGAGAAGACAACUCGCAGAGGAGGAGGAAGAGUUCCAACUCGACCAUAGGACUCGAUCGAGUCCAAACAGAGGAAACUCAACUCGAUCGAGCUGAAGGUCGAGCUGACCAGGAGGAGCCACAAUUCGAAGAUCCUGGGUUUGAAUAUGAUCAGGCGCCAGGCGCCUCACCAGGACUAUCACCAGAGCAACUGGUGUAUGCGAACUCGAUCGAGUCGGUCAACAGAAGACUUGGUCGAGCUAGACUUUCACAACGGGUAGAAAGAGGGUUCAGAGGUCACAGAGGGUACAAGAGGAACCUGAGGUGCUUGUUGCUGAUACAAUGGAUGUACCAGAGGGGAAUGGAAACCCUUUGGGCAAUGGACUCGGUCGAGCUAGGCAAACUCGACCGAUUGGUCUAG